AUGAACAAAAAACCGUUAAAAUACAAAUCUUAUGAUGAGUUGAAAUUUUGUUCAGAACUAGACCCAAAGUUUAUCUACCAAUUGAAGCUUCUUGACUCGUACAGGUGUUACAAACAUUUUACUCAAAUCGAAAAUCAAGCUCGUUUGGCAGAACUAGAAGGAAAUGAUGAAGAAGCUUAUAUUUGUUACCAGCGAGCAUUGGAAUUGUACCAACUUAUAUUUGAUAAAAAGGACAAGGUUUUUAUGCAGGGAAAGAAUGGCAGAGAUUUCUACCAUAAAGCAAAGGAUAUGUUUACUUCAAUUGAAUUACUUACAGAAAAUCUAAAAUUGCGUUAUGAUGCGUUGUUAGCAGUUGAGAGGAAUAAAAAUAAUUUUAGAGAAGAGCCUAAUUUGAAUGAUUCACAACAAGAUUUUCUUGAAUUAUUCAUUAAACCAACCUCUUUGCUCAAUUAUGUUGAAGAGAAUAAUGCUAGUAUUUUAAUUUUGGAUUACAGAGAAAACAAAAAUCAAAUAAUAAAAUGUGAUUUAAAUAUUGGAGAAAUUAAUGUUGUGCAAUUAGAACCUUCAACUAUCGUUUUGGGAAGUCUACUUCAUUGUAUAACAAAAACAUUGGAUAUAAGUGUUCGACCAUAUUUGGAAAAAAUUUCACAAUUUGAUUUGGUAAUACUUUUGGGCGAUCUAGAUGAUAUAACUAACCUAAAUGGAACAAAAACAAAAAUUUUAUACGAGGCUUUGACAACGUAUAAUCGAACAAAUCGUUUAAAACAUCCCCCAGUAAUUUUGGAAGAUGGUUUUAGAGGAUGGGAAUUGUCAUAUCCAUGUUAUACUGUCUCAACAAAAAAUGUCCCUGUAUUUGAGAAGACAUUUGAUGAACAAUUUUCUGUUUGGAUGGAAGAAUCUAAAAGAGUUAAUCGUCUAAACAUUACUUAUCCAAAUUUGUCCAAACUUUUUGACGUUAAAAAGACUGAUUUUAAUGAUGAGCUCGAAGUUCCGUCAAGCACAAAAUUUAAAACUUCAUUAUCUUUUGCUGAUAAACUUACUCCGAAAAGAGUAUUUACUGAUGAUGAACGAAGGACAGACAAUUCGAUCAAAGCUCAAUUUUCUCUUGAUUCAAGACCCGAAACUGCGUCAACAAAUAAGAAGAUGCCCCUUAUUGAUAGAUCCAAGAAGCCUGCUCUUCCCACAAUGCCGAUAGAUUCAAUGGAAAAUGACAACAAAUUUGCUGUUGAUGACCGCUCAAUUCGUGACAAGGAGAAUCUUGAUCUUGGACGAAUAAAUAAUAAGAGGUUCGCACAUCCCCAAGUCUUAGGUGGUGCCCGUAUUGCCAGUGCUGGACCUUCAGUGGCAGCAACUGUCGUCCCAGUACAUUCAACACAACCUAUCCCAGUUCAACAGCCUUCAAGACCAACAACACCAGAUCGUUCAACUAAAAAAGGAAUUCUUCAACAAUCUCAACAAAUUGAGCCUUCUGCUUACUUUUCAAGCGUUUACAAAUUUUCUCUGGCAAGAAUAAUGGAAGAUUCUGCAUAUAAACGAAUGAAAAUUAAACCUGGCCAUACUGGUUUAGUGAACAUGGGGAAUACUUGCUUCAUGAAUGCUACUCUUCAAGCACUCUUUCAUACACCAAUCUUUUCUCAAUUGUUUAGAGGACAUUGUGUAGCCAAUUGCAUCAACACGAAAAAUUCUUUGGGAACUAAAGGAAUUAUUUCUGGUUGUUUCUCUGCAUUAAUUGAUAUUGCAUGGUCUGGUGAAUAUUCUUCAAUUCGGCCAUUCAUUUUUCUGGAUAUGUUUGCAAAAAGAGUAAAUUCAACAUUAGCAGAUAGACAGCAACACGAUGCACAAGAAUUUUAA